AUGCAACUUCUAGGAGGAGACAGUGUUAUUCCCAAAAUCAGGCUGGCUUCCCAGCACUCUAUGGGAGAAACUGGUUUUGGCUGUAAAGUUUUCCACUUGUCCCACAAAGUCACUCGGGUGGUUCCGGAGAGCGCCCUGCUGAUUGUUCUUGGUCUCUUCCUUGGUGGCAUUGUGUGGGCAGCAGAUCACAUUGCCUCCUUCGCCCUUACACCAACUGUGUUUUUCUUCUACCUGCUGCCCCCCAUUGUUUUGGAUGCUGGAUACUUUAUGCCAAAUAGAUUGUUCUUUGGAAAUCUCGGUUCCAUCCUUUUGUACGCUGUCAUUGGGACAGUCUGGAAUGCUGCCACAACUGGAUUAUCUCUCUACGGUGUAUAUCGCACAGGAAUAAUGGGCCACCUGAAUACUGGACUGCUGGACUUCCUCUUGUUUGGCAGCUUAAUUGCCGCUGUGGAUCCUGUAGCUGUUCUGGCAGUGUUUGAAGAAGUCCAUGUCAAUGAAGUUCUAUUCAUCAUUGUUUUUGGAGAAUCGCUUCUGAAUGAUGCUGUAACUGUGGUGCUAUACAACGUGUUCGAAAGUUUUGUUGCAAUAGGUCCAGAGAAUGUGACUGGGAUUGAAUGUGUCAAAGGCAUAGUGUCAUUCUUUGUGGUGAGCCUAGGUGGGACACUAGUUGGCAUUUUCUUUGCGUUCCUGCUCUCAUUGGUCAGUCGUUUCACCAAGCACGUGAGAAUCAUUGAACCUGGAUUUGUGUUUAUAAUUUCUUACCUGUCCUACCUCACAGCGGAGAUGCUUUCUCUUUCCGCUAUCCUUGCGAUAACUUUCUGCGGCAUCUGCUGUCAGAAAUAUGUCAAGGCUAACAUAUCUGAACAGUCUUCUACAACUGUAAGAUAUACCAUGAAAAUGAUGGCCAGUGGAGCAGAAACUAUUAUCUUCAUGUUCCUGGGAAUUUCAGCUGUAAACCCAGAAAUCUGGACUUGGAAUACAGCUUUUAUUCUGUUGACUCUGGUUUUCAUCUCAGUAUAUAGAGUUAUUGGUGUAGUUUUACAGACAUGGAUCCUUAACCACUAUAGAAUGGUCCAGUUGGAGAUAAUAGACCAAGUGGUGAUGUCAUAUGGUGGACUACGUGGAGCGGUUGCUUUUGCUCUGGUUGUACUUCUGGACACGGACAAAGUGAAAGAGAAAAACCUGUUUGUCAGCACAACUAUCAUUGUUGUGUUUUUUACUGUUAUUUUCCAGGGACUGACUAUCAAGCCUUUGGUACAGUGGCUGAAAGUGAAGAAAACUGAACACAGAGAGCCAAAACUGAAUGAGAAACUUCAUGGCAGGGCCUUUGAUCACAUUCUUUCUGCUAUAGAAGAUAUUUCUGGACAAAUAGGACAUAAUUAUCUGAGAGACAAGUGGUCCAAUUUUGAUAGGAAAUUCCUCAGUAAAGUACUGAUGAGAAGGUCUGCUCAAAAAUCAAGAGACCAGAUCCUUAAUGUUUUCCAUGAACUCAACUUGAAGGAUGCAAUUAGCUAUGUGGCUGAGGGAGAACGUAGAGGAUCCUUGGCAUUUAUACGUUCUCCAAGUACAGACAACAUGGUAAAUGUGGAUUUCAGCACCCCACGCCCAAGUACUGUGGAAGGCUCUGUCUCUUAUUUACUGAGAGAAAAAGCUGGACCAGUUUGCCUUGACAUGCAAGCUUUAGAGCAGAGGAGGAAAAGCAUCCGGGACACAGAAGACACAGUCGCUCAUCACACCUUACAACAGUACCUGUAUAAACCCAGGCAGGAGCACAAACACCUGUACAGUCGACACGAGAUCAUGCACAGUGAAGAUGAGAAACAAGACAAGGAGAUUUUCCAUAGGACAAUGAGGAAACGCUUAGAAUCUUUCAAGAGUACCAAACUAGGAAUAAACCAUUCCAAGAAGCUGAAUAAAAUCCACAAGCGAGACCGCGGCCAAAAAAGGCGAAAUAGCAGUGUCAUAGCAAAUGGAAAAAUACCUUCAGAAAAUCCAGUACAAGAUUUUACUUUGAAGGAAAAAGAUAUGGAGUUUUCUGAAUCAGAAGAAAAUAAUGAUUAUGAAACUUUGCAUCUAGGCAAAGGAGUUGAUUUUCUGGCUAAUGUGACGAAGCAAAAUUUCACAGAUACUCCUACUGGAAUUGAUAACCCAGUAUUUUCAGUUGAUGAUGAUCAAAGCAUCUACAUGAAGUUCUCGCCAUGGUUAUCUAGUGAAGAUACUGUGGUACCAUCACAAAGGGCCCGAGUGCAAAUCCCAUAUUCUCCAAAUAACUUCAGACGACUCACUCCAUUCCGGCUCAGCAAUAAAUCAAUAGAUUCCUUCCUGCUAGCAGAUGGUGAUGUGGACCAUGAUGUUGAAAUGACAGAAUACUCCUCUUCAGAUGACCAAUUAAACCAAAACCAAAAUAUUUCAGUGACUCCUCUCCACUUCUUCCCAUCUUGUCUUCAAAUGCCUUGGACACAAAACUAUUCUUCAUUGGAAAACAGAGGGAAUAUAUCUCUUUCUACUGUCUCUGAGUAUAUAGCUUCUUGUGACCCAAAUGUACCUGAUCUCUUCUGGGAAGCAGGUACAGAUAUGAAUAACAAAGAGACAGUAAACUCAGGUUAUUGUUCUGAAGUUAGCUACAAGUCAGAGAAUUCACAAGAAGAGAAUUCUCUACUUAUAUUUGAAGGGCUGGAAGACUCUUAUAUGAAGGAGCCCCAAGAGAAGGAACUGUUGCUUGAUGUCCAAGAAAAUUACAGAUCUGCUGCAGCCAGACGUGUACAAAGCCGACGUUCUUUUCACAGGCCAAAACCUCCGCAACACCCUAAGCUUCAGAAGCUAGCGUCUCUUCCAGCAUCUUGCCAUAUCCCUCCACAUUCUUUGGAACAAGAGGAAACACAGCUGUGA